AUGGCUGCAGUGCACCAGAACGCGACGGUGACCGUUGUCGACGACUCUUCGCCCGGUCCUUUCGAAGGACCGGAGAAGUUGUUGGAGAUUUGGUUCGCACCCUCGGAAGAGGACGUCCUCCGGCGCAACCUCCCCCUCAAAGGCGGUCGCGCAGCAGCCGCUUCUUCCUCCUCUUCGGCAGCCGCAGCGCACAGGGACCGAUGGGUUGGCCUGAGGCAGGUCGAGAAGAGCGUGUGGGACGGGAUGCUCGAUGAGGUUUGCUGCAAGGUGUUGAGUGUGAUCGAGGGCGAGGAGGUGGAUGCUUAUUUGCUCAGCGAAUCAUCCAUGUUCGUCUGGCCGCACAAGAUCAUCCUCAAGACGUGCGGGACGACAACGCUCCUCCUCGGAAUUCCCACCCUUCUGCGCAUCGCAUCCGAGACGUGCGGCUUCCAAGGUGUCUGGCGCUGCUUCUACUCGCGCAAGACGUUCAUGUUCCCGGAGCGUCAGAAGGGCCCACACAAGGACUGGUCGGCCGAGAUGAGUUUCCUCGACAAGUUGUUCGAGAAUAGCUCGGCCUACACCGUCGGUCGCAUGAACGGCGACCACUGGUUGUUGUACGUCACGCCGCCGCGUGACGAUGUCCUCCUCCCCCACGCGAUGGAGUCGUCCGCCGCUCUCGCACCCGCAAACCCUCACACCGACCUCUCGACCCUCUCCGCCUCGCUCUCGACAACCCCUUCUGCGUUCCCGACUCCCCGGCGGCAGCACUCGUCGACUGCUAUCGUUCCAUCCUCCUCCUCGGACCCGCGCGUCCCCUCUCGCCCCGACCAAACCCUCGAGAUUCUCAUGACCGGCUUGUCCCCUCGCGCCUGCCAGAAAUUCUACCACCCCUCGUCGACUCCCUCCGCCCCGAUCCCCUACACCUCCCCUCUCUACCCAACCGACCCACUCGUAAUCGACGGCGACGCGCACCACCUCGGCUCGAAACUCUCGGACGACUUGGGCCUCACGGCCCUCCUCCCCGGCGCGACGAUCGACUCGUUCCUCUUUGCGCCGUGCGGGUUCUCUCAGAACGCGGUGCGAGGGGACAGGUAUGCGACGGUGCAUGUCACGCCGGAAGAAGCGUACUCGUACGCUUCGUUCGAGUGCAACUUUGAUUUCGGCGGACUCGCGGCGUCUGUCGAUGCGAAGGACCAAGAUGAGGGCGUCGCCGGGCUCGACACGAUCGAAGGCGUGAGGCGCACGACAGAGUCGUUGCAGGAACUUGUCGAGCGCGUGCUCGAGAUCUUCGAACCGGCCAAGAUGACCAUCACCUUGUUCGUUUCGGACGAGGACGACGACGCGGACUCGAUCAACGAGGGAGGGUCGGACAAGCGGGCUCGUACGCAUGAGGGGAUGAAGCAGCUUCUCAGCCCCGAGUUGGCGGAGAAAUACGAGCGCGUCGACAGGAUCCUUUACGUCCUCGAGGGCUACUCGCUCGUCUACCAGGUCUUCCAGACUAGGCAGCAGCGAUGA